GGACGCCGUGGUGCUUAAUCGAAGCUGUCAAUCAGCAAAUCACCAACAUUACCUAGGGCCAACACAAAAAAGCAGCAGCAGCAGCAUCAAUAAUAGGCGACAACCUGCAGCCGUGGUACGCAACCAGGAAUAUAUUCGAUCUCGUUGCGCCGCACGACAGUGCCCUAGCGGCCACUCGACCGCUUCGUGGCCAACGUUCGCUCGCCAAAAGAGCCACACAGCCACAGCGCACCGUGUGUGCGUGUGUGUUGCUCGGGGUAUAGAAGGCGUACGAGCGAGGGGUAGUGCAAACAGUGUGAAGUGCGCGCGCGGUACCCGUGGACCCCGUACGAAAGUUCCGUAAUUCCGCGAUUCCGGUCGUUCCGUGCUUUCCGGCCGUCAACAGACGAGUCGAUUGUACGCCAAGAUCCAGCACCCAUCAGUGUGAGUUGGUAGAGCGCGAAAGUGUGUCCCGUUUGUGUGUGGUAGCAGAAGUUGUUUACCUUCGCCACAACGCACAAGUCCGCGCUGUUCCGGAAAAAAGUGUGUGUUUGAGAGAGUGUGUACCGCGUGGGUUUACGUGUUUUGUUGUUCCGAUCCGAUCGUCCUGUGGCCAGUGCGAAAAGAUCCCGCGAAAAAGGUGACACCAACGCGAGGGUGGUGUUUUCCGUGCGCGUCUGGCAACGUUUUAUUUUGAUCCAAGUGAUCUGUGCUUUCGAUACCUGUCAUUCGAAGUUUGUGCGCGGGUGCCUCGGUCAAAGAACGUUUUGCAGUAUGGUGCGGUGAAGGGUUGGAUGCACCCGGAUUUGCAGACACAAAAGGUAGUCUUUUGUAGUUUACGGCCGCCGCCAGUUUGAAUUCCUCGCCGCGUGCCCUCAGAUGGUCAUACCCUGAGUGCCGGGGGAGUGGAAUGCUGUACGAUUAUCAACCGCAGCCUUAUCAGCAGCAGCACCUGCCGCAAGGAGGAGGAGGACGACGAGGAGGGCGAGGAGGAAGAGCAGGCACAGGACUUGGCGGUGGUACCGGAACCUCUGCCGUGAUGCCGAAGAAGGACUCAAAAUCCGAUGAAGGCGGCCGCAAGAACAAGAUGAGUCAGGCGGCUGCCGCCAAACUGGAGCAACAACAGCAACAGCAGCAGCAACAACAGCAACAACAGGACGACGGAACGGGCAUGAAAGGGGGCGGUCCCGGUACGGGCCGACCCGGUUCCGUCGGGCCGGGAGGUAUGAAGCCGUCCGACGGUUGCAGUAUUAAUGCUGGCGGUGGUCCAGGCCCGAACAGCGGAGUCAUGGAUGCGUUAGGCAAAGCGGGCGGCGGUGGUGGUGGUCCCGUGAUGGGAGGCGGUGGCGGUCCGCUCGAUGGUGUCGGUGUUCAUCCGAUGGAUGGCAAGAUGAAUCCGGGCCUGGCCGGUAUGAUGGCGGGCAACAAACCGUCGAACAAGCUGGAGUACACGCAGCAGCAGAGCCAGAUAUUCGUGUUCUCGACCGCGCUCGCCAACAAGGGCGCCGAGGCGGUGCUGAGCGGGCAGUUCAACUCGAUCAUCGCAUAUCACUGUGCCCAGAUGCAGAAACAGAACCGGCUCGGUGGCCCCGGUCCGGACGAGAUGAGCGGGAACAGUGUGGGGCCGGGCGCGAUGUCCCCCUGGAUGGAUCACGGGCACGGGCACGGUUCACCGGAUCACCAUCCGAUGGGACCGCGGGGUAUGGGAGGACCACCGGGAGGAGGCCCCCCAGACGGGAUGAAAAAGUCAGCCACUAUCCAUCACACGGCCAACGCGGGAUCCUGUCUGGAGAACGACGGUUCUAUGCCGAUGUUUGGAGGGGGAGGAGGUGGUGGUGGUGGCGGCCCAGAUGGUCAUAUGCCACCGCACAUGCGCAUGGGACCUGGUGGCGGUCCGCUCGAUCCAUCAAUGGUGGUGAUGGGGAAGAAAUCGGCCACUAUUCACCACACGCCGAACGCUUGCAUGGAUCAGGAUGGUAGCGGAUUGCCGAUGUACCCGUCCGAUGGACACGGUGGGCCACACAUGCGCAUGAACCCGGACGGUAUGUCGAAACCGUCCACGAUCCAUCACACGCCCAGCUCGUGCAUGGAGGGCGACGGUGGUGGCGAUCCGACGGUAGGAGGCCACCCGGGCGUUAAGAUGGAGAAUCCUUCCCCGGUAGGGUCGCACAUUUCGCCCAGCGGUGGUGGCGGCGGUGGUGUGCCCGGUGGCGGUCCGGGUGGUGGACAUGGAGGCGGUGGUCCCGGCAGCAUGGGUCCAGGAGGCGCCGGAGGAGUGGGAGGCGGCGGACCGGGCGGAAGUCAUUCGAGUUCGACGAUUAUCGACCAGAUGAACUCGCUGGUGGCAUCGCUCCCGCUAAUGAAGGGUGGCAAUGUGCUGUCGCAAUCGCGCGGCCAUCCCCAACCGUCGCUGCAGGGUGUGAAGGUGCCGGACGAAAACUUAACGCCCCAGCAGCGGCAACACCGCGAACAGCAGCUCGCCACACUGCGCCAGAUGCAGAAAAUGUUCUUUCCCGAGCAGAGAGGGAUGGGUAUGGAUCCGCACGGUAUGGGCAUGAGGCCACAGUUCCGUGGGCCCGCUGCCGGCAUGCCGCCGGACUUUGGUGGUCCGCCGAAUCGGCCGCUCAAUCCUGCCUUCAUGAACACUCCGCUCGGUAGUGGGGGCGGUGGCGGCCCCGGGAUGGGUGGCCCGGUGGUGGAUGGAGGACCGGGCCCGGGCGUACCCGGCAUGAUCAACGAGCAGAUACCGCCGAUGCAAUACAACAAACCGAACAUGAUGAACCCGGGCAUGUACGGUGGCGGUGGUAUGGGCGGUGGUGGUGGAGGCGGCGGCCCAAUGGGAGGUCCGAUGGGAGGUGGCCCGAUGGGUGGACCCGGUGGACCGAUGGGAGGUGGCCCGAUGGGCGGUGGCCCGAUGGGUGGCCCGAUGAAUCGUAUGUACAAAGCAGACCCCGACCCAAUCUUCCCGCCCAUGACGGAGAUGGGUGGGUACGGGGGUGGUGGAGGAGUAGGUGGUGGCGGUGUGAUGAACAAUCAUCCCGGUCCCGGUAUGUAUAAUCCCGGCAUGCAGCAACGAAUGGGUAUGCCACCGGGCGGCGGAGGCGGUCCCGGGCCGGGCGGUGGUCCGAUGGGCGGUGUGCCCGGUGGGGGCCACAUGAUGGGCGGCGGACCGAAGAUGGGUGGAGGACCGGAUCCGUCGAUGCUCGGUGGGCCCGGCGGUGGUCCCAUUCCGCAGUCACCCCUGAUGGAUGAUGACCUCGGCCAGAAGGGCUCAAUGCAGCAGCAGCAGCAGCAACAGCAAAUGAUGCUUCCCGCAAAUCCACCUCUUCCGCAGCAACCGGGAACACCGACGGGCAGUAAUGGUGGGCCCAUGUCGGUCGGCAUGAACCCGGGCCUCAACCCGAACGGUGCCAACGGGACCGUGAACAAUAAUGGCAAAACGAAAGAACCUUCCGUUUCGCCGGAACAGCAGCAACAGCAAGGUGGGCCUGGCUCGAACCAGCAACAGCAGCAGGGACCCGGCAGUCAACAGGGGCCAUUGACACCACAAACGCCCCAGGGCGGGCAGCAAACGCCCGGGCAACCGCUCACCCCACAGACAUCGAUGGCUGGUUCGUAGAGCAGCCCCAAUUCCCAACCCGGAACAGCAACACCACCACCAUCACCAUCCCCAAUAGAACCUGUGGAAUGUUUGUUUUUUUGUUUGCCUGAAUGAAAGAUAAGAAGAGAGAGAGAGAGAGAGAGAGAGAGAGAGAGAGAAAGAGAAAAGUUAGGGAAGUAGCAAAACGUAUUGCCAAGCGUUUUCUUCUGCUGGUGCCCUUAAAAGCGCCUCCUUCCCUUGGUUUUGUUUUUUGUAAGGAUAUAUAUACACACACACAAACACUCAUAGUCCCACACAAACACACACACAUACGAGCAACAAAUCUGCCUUAUCAAAUACCGAUGAAUACGAGCAAGAAAAAAAAACGGAAAAGAAAAAAAGAAACAAGCUAAAAGGAUACGAAAAGUUAAGAGAAAAACGAUACAAAUAGGGGAAGAAAAAAUGGCACAGGAGGAAGCACAUUUGCUGCUGCAGGAUAGAGAAAAUUGAGAUAGGAUAAGGAAAAAGUGUAAAUGUGCUCAGCAGCAAUUAGCGGACUGGACGAGCGAACACGCGUCGCAAAUCGCUAAAACUGCAGGGAGGAACAGAAAGGACUAAGGCCACGAACAUCCCCUCCCGUGGUUCUGUUCACUAAGUUCUGGUGCUCGGUUGUGUUGUGUAGUAUGUUUCUUAUUCGUCCCAUUUCCAUUGUCCAGGUCCGCUACAGUUUAGUUCAGGCGGGGCAAAUAUCCUCCUCAAGGUACACUUGCGCCAUUAUUUGCGAGCAUUUUUUUUCUACCUCUUAACUCUCCAGGAAUUAGGUCGAUUUUCAUUGCUGGACUAGUCUUUCCGUUUUUCUUUUAGUUCAUUUAAUUUUUUUUCUCCUCGUCAAAGUAACUGUUUAACCUCCUCAUUAGUCGAGAAUUUCUUGUACACAACCACCAACAACGAAUGCCUCUGUAAAGGGUUCGAGCCAGGAUGAAAUAUGACUGACCUUCUUCUUAACCGUAUGCCACUAGCAGCGCAUGAACUCUUGUCCAUGGCAAGCGAUCAGGCAGGCAUCGAAGUUGCUUUUCUUAUCAGCCGGGUGCCGUGUUUAUAUAGACAAAUUGCGCAAACUGAAAGUCAACAAAACCGAUUGUGUUAAUGUGUAAAACCGAUAGCAAUACUAAAUAUAAAAUAUAACACACGACGUCACGACGACCAUCAUCGAGCAGCAGUGCGCCGUUUCUUUUACUGAUUCUCCCCUUUUCGAUUUCCUUCUUUUUAAGACUAUUGCAUUUUUCUCCUUCUCUUCCUUCUUCUCCUUUUACUUCUCGUCCCCUUUUUGCCACAAAUCCCUUCCUCUUUUUAUUCGGUGGUUAGCAGUCAGUAAAGUCGGGGGUGUGCAGCAAAGCGAAUUCUGUGUAUCGUAUAAAAGAAAAUCAACCCAUUGGAAAGUGGUAAAAUGGAAAAGAACUUAACAAAAAAUCCAAUCACAAAACACACACACACACACACAACAGUACGAUGAAAUGGAAAAAUAACAGCAACAACAAAAAAGCCCAGAUCGAAACGGAAUGAUUUAGCGAAUAAGUAUUAACAAAGAAGAUCUUUAAAGUGUUGAUGAAUAAAAGAAGAAACAAAACA